GUCAAAUUCCGCAUCUAAGCUGAGCUGUUCUAUUCAAAUUACAGUUUCAAAGUCUCCUUUAAGAAAAUCCUUGGAUGCUUUCUCUUUUACUUUCCCUUAAAUCGUGGGAAGAAAUCUUUUAAUUCUAUAUACCCAUAUGUGCGAUAUAUCUUGUCUUCAUCACACCCAUAUUAAUUCUCUACCAAGAGAAGAAGACGAAGAGGUCGAAACAGAGUGUUCAAUCAGUCACAGAUCUCAGGAAUGAGCUGAGGAUAUUUUAAUUCCUGGGCAGUUGUUUUGGAUCUGGGGUCAUAUACUCAGAUUACAGAGUAUAUAUUUGGAUCAGAAAAAAGCCAAGCUAGCUAGUUGCUUCUUCUUUCUUCUUCUAGAAUAAUAAUAUGUGUGCUCAAAAGCAAGCAGAAGAGCCAAUAAUAGCCGCCCCAAACACCAUUGAAGGAGAAGAGAAGUCUGAUCAUGAAGGUUUCAGUGUGAAGAGCUUUCUCUGGCAUGGCGGCUCUGCUUGGGAUGCUUGGUUCAGCUGCGCUUCCAAUCAAGUAGCACAAGUGCUUUUGACACUGCCAUAUUCGUUUUCCCAGCUGGGAAUCGCGUCGGGCGUGGUGUUCCAAAUCUUCUACGGCGUGGUGGGCAGCUGGACGGCGUACCUUAUCAGCGUCCUCUACGUUGAGUAUAUAAGCAGGAGGGAGAAAGAAGGUGUCACCUUCAACAACCAUGUCAUUCAGUGGUUUGAAGUUCUAGAUGGGUUACUUGGACGCUACUGGAAAGCGGUGGGGCUAAUCUUCAACUGCACCUUUCUUCUGUUUGGUUCUGUGAUUCAACUCAUAGCAUGCGCUAGCAACAUUUACUACAUAAAUGAUGCAUUGGACAAGAGGACAUGGACAUACAUAUUUGGAGCAUGCUGCGCAACCACAGUUUUUAUUCCUUCUUUCCACAACUUCCGGAUUUGGUCCUUUUUUGGCCUCGGAAUGACCACCUAUACAGCUUGGUAUCUCACCAUUGCCGCUAUUGCUCACGGACAAGUUGAAGGUGUUAAACACUCUGCUCCAACAAAGCUUAUGUUGUAUUUUACCGGAGCCACCAACAUUCUGUACACCUUUGGGGGUCACGCAGUUACUGUGUAAGUAUUUUUACUUGCAUCUUCGUAGGGGCGCAUUCCGAUUUACGGAGUAUCGAGUACUCCAUCCGUUUCAAAAAGAAAAGUCACUGUUUGACUUCACGAUAAUUAAGAAAAUAAAAUGACUUUACUGUAGAAAACACUGUUUAGACACUGUUUGACACUGUUUGAACACUGUUUGGCACUGUUUGGACACUGUUACGCACUGUUUGGCACUGUUUGGAUGUAGAUUUCUUUGCCAAAUAAGAAAAUAAGGGAAGUGUGAUUUUGUUUUUGAAACAUCCAAAGAAGGAAAUUGUGAGUUUCUUUUAGAAACGGAUGGAGUAUAUAUUAAGCCGAAUCGGUACGUUAAAAAUGAAAUUUAAGGUGUUCUAAGACUUUGGGAGUAUAAAAGUUGAUUUUUUCCCACAUUUAGUCCUCCGACUAUUAUGUCAUUGACACUUUUGGUACUUGACUUUGAUUUUUUCCAUUUUUAGUCUUUGACUACUGUGCUAGAGAUACUUUUGGUACCCGUCUUUGAUAAUUUCCAUAUUUAGUCCUUCAACUUUUAUAAAAGUGACACUUUUGGUCCUUCAACUACUAUAAUAAUGACUUUUUUAGUGCUUCACUUAUUGUGUCAAAAUCAUAAUGGGAGGACUAUAAGUGUCAAUUUGACAAUACUCGGGGACUAAAUGUGGGAAACCUUGAAGUCGUGAACUAAAAGUGUCUCUAGUACAAUAGUCAAGGACUAAAAAUGGAACAAUUAGAAGUCGAGUACCAAAAUUGUCAUUGACAUAAUAGUCGAGGGACCAAAAAUGACAAAAACUCUAUAAAAGUUCAUCAAAAGCUUCAAUAUAUAACGAAAUGUGGAAGAAGGGGUGGACGGUUGACCCAGUCCCAGCCCGGUCCCGAUUUCGAUCCCGGCGGCGGUCCCGAUCCUUGGUAGGAGAAGCUCCGGUUUGACCCGGUGAAAUCCGGAUCUUGACCGGUUCUGGGUAGUUGGGCAGUUUGGUCCCGGUCCCGAAUCGGAACCGGUUCCAUUCAAGUUUUUGCAUUUUCCCCAAUUUUCAAGCUAAAAAAAAUACUCCCUCCGUCCGGCAAAAUAGUUCCCAUUUCCCAUUUUGGAAAGUUUUGUGUGGUUCACAUUCAUUUAUCUUUUUCUUACACAACCACAAUUAUACAUUUUCACUUUAUUCCCACUUUCUUAAACUCCGAUUCAAGUCAAUGCGAGAACUAUUUUAUGGGAUGGAGGGAGUAACUAGUUUGGUGACCAAUACCGUACUCAAAAGAGUAAAUUGGGAUGAGAUAACAUGCUUGAACGGACUAUGGGUGGUCCCAAACUUUUAAACAUGGUUUGGUUCCAAAGAGUAUUGGAUCCGAUUCUAGACCGGGCCGGACUCAUUGGGAUUUCAUAUUCAACAAAGUCCGACACAAUCAUACAAUUACGAGGAGAGAUCAAAAUGUGUUUUUUCUCAUUUCGACUUUUUACUAAUAACUUUUUAAUUUGUCAAUUUCCAUUUUUUAAUAUGGAGUUCUAUCGAGUUCUUGGUAUUAUACACAUAUGUAUACACACAUAGGUCAUAAGUGUUACUCCCUAUGUCCUUAAAAGAAGUUUCAACUUUUCUUUCCGUUCGUCCCAAAAAGAAUUUCACUUUCCCUUUUUGACAAAAAAUUGUGGUUCACAACAAUUCUUACAUAUUUCUACACAUUUCUCUCUUCUCUGUACAACUCUCCUCCACACAAUUUCCACUUUCUUAAUCUGUGUACUAUUUAUACUACGGAACAACAUUUAGAGAUGGAGGGAGUAUAAUAUAGUGAAUAAUAUUCUCUCCCUUCCUUUUUAUUUAGUCAAGUUUGACUUUUCAAAUCAAUGGUAUUAAACUUUGAUUGAUUAUACAUAUCUAUACACCAUAGUAUUGAUAGUGUAAAAAUAUUAUUAUAAAAGUUAAAUUUUUUUAAUUUUAGAUAAAUAAUUCAAUUAAAAUGAUGGAUCAAAGUUCAUAAUCUUUGACAGAAAAUAGAAUAAUCCAAAAGGUAGUAUAAGAUAGAAUAAUGAACCAAUCAGAAUGAUGCAGUUGAAUUAUUUAAAUCUAAAUUAAAAGGGAUAUAAUGAUUUGGACCAAUCAGAUGCAUGAUAUGGUACCCCCAUUUUCCUAAUAGGUACCGGAGUUGUAAGAUAAUAAUCUACAUUAAAAUGUUCGUCGAUUUUACUCCCAAAGUCCCGUGUGAUCUGCUUGUUCCGUAUUUGCACGAAGUAAUCUACUCCGUAUUUUUUAGACCAUAAAACCGUACUAUACAAUCUAGUUUUUAAAAAGGUGACAACUCUGAUACCCUUCUAAAAAAUGGGGUAUCGUACCUACUAUUCAUUUGAUUGAACCAUACCACUUUAUCAUUUUUAAUUUAGAUUUAAAUUAUUCAACUGCUAGAUUCUCAUUGGUCCAUGUGGAUAAAGGUAUGGUACCUUAUGGGUACCAUAGAAUCUACCUUUUAAAAAAUGCGUAGUACUACGUAAAAGAAUUAAAACGAAACACGUACAUUUCUUAGAUUUUAGGAAAAUUUUGUAACCCGUGAACUAUGAUCUGAAAAAUUGAACUAUAAUUGACCUUGUUGGUAGAAAAUAUUCCGGGUAGAGAAACUAGCAGCAUUUCAGUAUAGUAAAAUAGCGUAGAGAAUACAUGGGGGGUGAUGGCCUAUUUAUAGGCAUCCAUCACAAGUCCAAAGUCUAACCUACGUGGGCUUGGCCCAAAUACAUAAUACAUCUUGAAGCUAAUGGGCGAACCGGCCUGAUAAAUAAAUAAAUGAGCAAGGGGCGAUUCCCGCUCGUGAGACUGCGUCUUGGGCCUAGUUGGGCCAGAGCUCAGGGAUAACGGGCCGAUGGCACUGGGCCUGGGAUAUUAUCCCAACACGAGUCCCCCACUCCCUUAGUCGAGUAGUAGACUCGGCUAAAAGGGAGUAGUUGAGCUGCUUUGAAAUCGGCCCGGUUGCCAUGCUAGCUAGCUAGUUACACAGAUGAUUGUUGAUGAUGACGAUCUGCGGUGUGCCUGGAAAGGUUAGUCAUGUAACCAUCCGCUGUGAUCCCAUAGUGUUGCGCAAGGACGAGGCCCUCCUUGUCUGGGUAGCAUCCCAGGGUCCUGGUUAUCUGGCCAGCUGCCCGGGGUCUUCCUUGCUCCAACCGGGAAGACCUCUUCCUUUGUUCAUGAUGAGGGGAUGCCUCGUUAAAACCUUACUAGGAAAAAACCCGGUGGGAAAAAAUCCUAGUGAAGGAAAAAGAGUACACCGGUACCUCAAAAUAAAACAGAGGAAGGCCAGUCUCGUCAGUUCUUGAUUGAGCGUCUGCUUUACCAGUAAGCCGAGAUAUGUUCUGGGAAGGCCAGUCGCUCCUCUGUUUGCCAGUGGUGGCGGUUGAGCCAAGGCACGCUCGGGAGAGACUACCCGCAAACUGUCUGCUGGUGAUGUCGAGCCAAGGUAUGACCAAGAGAGGCCAGUCACAUACUUGUUUGCCAGGAAUGGCGAGCCGAGGUAUGCUCGGGAAAGGGCGGUUGCACAUCUGUGCACAUUGAUCCCCACUGCUUGCGAGAGGAUAAAGUUUCCUUCGUCUGGGUAGCAGUUUUAGGUCUUGUUUAUCCGAUUAGCCUCCCAAGGUCUUAUUCUUCCGAUCAGCAGCCUGGGGUCUUGUUUGUCCAAUUAGCAACCCAGGGUCUCAUUUGUUUGAUUAGAAGCCCGGGGUCUUCUUCUGGUGGAGAGAUCUCUUCUUUGAAUGCACCCAAAAUGGAGCUAAAGGGUAAGUUCUUAGGCCAUUGUGUGCAGCUGCAAUGGUCGCCAUCCGCCGAGGGGAUAACAAAGACCGGUCUUCACUUGUGAGCAGUGCUCGUUUGAUGUUCUCGAGAUAGAUGCAAUGAGUAGUCUGCCAUGAUAAGUAGUCCUUGUUGAUUGUUAUUAUUACCUAUUAGAGAUGUGGCAGGUAAAAGAGGCGCUCUCGCUGCUUUAGCUGCAGUGUAAGAUACUAAAUAUUGGCCUUCAAAGUCAGAUGAAGGUCUAUCUCAGGAAAGGAAGAGGCCCGGAGCUUCUCUGCCUGGUGUUGGGGAAAAGAUAGGAGCUUCCUCGCUUUGCGAAGAACGACUUUCCAAGAAGAGCAAAUGUAUAAACUGCUCCUUAGGCCGGGUAAGGGGAGAUAACCCAACCGGCAGAAUCCUCGCUUACUCUGUUUGUUUCCUCACAGGUAUGGCUGGUUGGAGAAGCGCAUUUGCUGCCCUGCCCUGACCUUCAUUUCCUCAUAGGUAUGGUAGGUCGGAGAAGUGCAUUUGCUGCCCUGCCCUGACCUUCGUUUCCUCGUAGGUAUGGAUGGUCGGAGAAGCGCAUUUGUUGCCUUGAAUGCGACGAAAGAUGCUAAGUCUCGACCUUUGACAUCUGAUGCAAGUGCAUCUAAUGUCGGGGAGAAGCACACAACUUCUCCACAUGAUGUCGGGGAGAAGCACGCAGCUUCCCUGCAUAAUGUCAGGGAGAUGCUUAGAGCUUCAAUGCCUGAUACCGGGGAGAGGCACGCACCUUCCCUGCCUGAUGCUGGGGAGAGGCACACACCUUCCCUGCCUGAUGUCGGGGGAUGCUAAGCUUCUCCGACUGAUGCUGGGUAGAAGCAUGCACCUUCCCCGCCUAAUGUCGGGUAGAUGCUAAUAGCUUCUUUGCCUGAUGCUGGGGAGAAGCACUCACCUUCCCAGGCUUGCGAUGAAGAAAUAGUCGUCAUCCUUGUGGACGGCGGGCUGCCCCAAUUAUAGAAUCAAAACGAUGAUGUUUAGUCCGGUCGUGAUAAAUCCAUAGCAGCGGUCAUCAUCCAAGUGAAGGGGAAUGCGACCGGUCUUGAAAUGAGAAUGGUGGCACUGAGCCGAUCCUGACGAGGAUAGCAACUCGUAGGCCGACUGUGAAAUCAAAGCAGCGGUCAUCAUCCAAGUGAAGGAGGAUCUGACCGGUCUUGAGACAGUGUUGAGGUUUAUUCCUUCAACCCUUGGACCCAACACGUAAGCCCAAAGAUUUCGAAUGGAGUGAGUGUGUGGAUAUCUAGCCCAACAAUUGUCAGAUGGAUCAGGAAAACAAAAGUAGUAGCAGGCAAUGUAAAUAGGUAUUAUUAACUUCGUAAUAACUCCCCUAAAUACAAUCUACUUGCUAAUAAGGCACGUCGGCCGUUCGUCUUACAAGGCACUUAGAAAGGCUGCAAGUAAGAAUGCUGAAGCUAAUAUGCUAAGAAUAGAAAGUUGCCAACCCUUUACAAUGAAAUAAAUGCUACUAUUUAUACCCGCCAAUGGGCAGUUAGUCCUGAUGAUGUGGAGGAUUGUUAGUGGCUAUGGCCCAACCACCAAAUCUCCAGCAUUAAAUGCGCUUCCCGCCAGAAUCUGAGUUCCCCGCCUAAUUGAUGACCACGAUCGUCGGGUAGAACCGGGGGCCGUUCGUCUGCGGCCCUUCCUGGGAACGUAACAAUCUUUUGGGCCUGGGCCAUCUACGGAGAUGGGCCUCGGCUGACGACGUUCGUCACGGAUGUGCUAACCGACCCUCGGCCGGGACCUUGAGCUGUUAUUCCGGAGAUAGACAUUCGUCCUCAUUCCUUCAGGCCAGGGCCAUCCGUGGGCUGGGCGACGUACGUCGGUUUGGGGGUAAUUGGGCCGGACCCCUGCUCGGGGCCAUUUACCCAACACAAGUCCCCCACUUCUGAUGUUCCAAGCGUGCGUGGGACAUAAGGAAGUAUGCUGUGCCUCCUGGAGGAUGUCCGUCUUCCGUACUUGCCUAUGAGGAACUGGACGUACCUGACCGAAGGGUUCCCCGAGUUGGGCGACUGCGGGUGAAUCGAGGUGGCGGCUGGCGGCGAAACGGUGCGACUCCCGAUGGGAAGCUAUCAUUACGCGUAUCGCUUCCCCAGGUUGGAUUCCCGCCAGGGUACGCUCCUCGCCACGUGUCGCUUCUUCAUUCGUCCCUCCGGGGGUGCCUCCACUAUAAAUACCAGAAGUCCCCUGAUGUCUAGGGUUUCCGAUUUCUGGUUUUUGCUUUCGAGUUCUCUUGCCGCUCUUCGGGUUUCUCAUUACGUCUCCCCAAGUCCAUCUCCGAGUUUUUUUAAGGUAAUUAUUCCUCCUCCCCCUCGUCCUUUCUUUUAGUGAUGACUUCGAUGGAGAUCUCUUCGAGUUCGAGUUCUGGUUCUUCGGGCUCCGACUCUGAUUCUUCCUCCAAUUCUGGCUCCCGUUCCUCCGGGAAAACCAGCAUUUCCGGCAACCCAGGCUCGGCGUCCACCGUAGGGACUAUCCACGUCGACGGUGAGCAAGGCGCCGACAUUUCCGAAGGUGCCAUUGAGGCAGUGCCUCUGAAUGAACGUGCGGCUGGGUAUGACUCCGCGGAUGAGGCUCAAUCUGGCUCUGACCUGGAGGUGCACGAUUUGGGUAUCCCCAUGGACGUGCAGAGGCACAUCUGCAAGAUUAAGAGCGUCUUAGAGCACAGGCAAUCUCUCUCAAGUGUCGCCAUGAACAAGAUUGCUUCCUUCUUCCCCCAUCCGUUCGUCUUUAGCCAUAGUGGGGCUGAACAUGCCAUGCGGCGACGGCCGGGGAUGAUCAUCCUGCAUGUGGACUCCGUAGAGGCCGGUCUGCGGUUUCCCCUCCACCCUUUUUACGUGGAGUUCUUCAACUGCUACCAGGCAGUCCCGGCGCAGUUCAUGCCCAACUCUUAUAGGUUUAUCUCCGCAUUCCUUGUGCGCUGCUCGUCCGCGGAAGCCGAUAUAUCCCUGGAUCUGUUUCACUAUUUUUACCGGGUCACCCCGCAGAAUUCCGACGGUUAUCUGAGUGUGGCCGCUCGUCCGAAGAGGAAGCUGUUUGAGCACUAUCCUUCCUCCAUCCAUGAUUGGAAGAAUAGGCUCUUCUUCCUCAGAUAUGAUGGUCCUCCCCUCCCAAUCCGCUGGAACGGUUACCCCCCGAAGAUUGAGUCGCCGGUGCUGACGGACGAGCUGGAGGCGGAAGUUAACAAAGUCCUGGAAGGCGGCAUUCGCCCCAUAGGAGAAUACCUGACCCCCGAGGCACUCUCUGAAGCAGGCAUAGGUACCGCCCGUGUUCCUGGAUUCCUUCCCCCCUUGGAUGCUCGUCUCGGGGCACGGGCGGUCCUGUCCUCUGAGGUGGGUGUUCCUCCCUAUCCCUGUUCGUCUUUUCAUAUUCUUGUAUUUCUCUCUUGCAGGUCUUCCUCUUACCGCUGACCAAAUGGACAACGCCGAGUGCCUGAGGAACAGGAAGGCGAAGAUGGCUGCGGCCAAAGCGGCCAGGGAGGCCGCCGCCCAUGGUACCGGGUCGUCUGCCUCUGAGGCCGCCCGUCGGACUGCCGAUGGUGAGCAGCAUCUGAUUGCCACCCUCCUGAAUGAGGGGGCCAUACCCCACCAUGCUGAGUCUGCACUCCCCCCGCCGAUCGCCGCAACGAAGGUGGUCCCCAAGAAGGGGGUCGAGAGGGCCCCGGAGAAGAAGCCAAAGAGGGGGCGAGACUGUUCUUCCUCCGGCCCGGUUGUUGAAGAUGCCAACGGUCUCUCCCUGAGCCGGCCGGCGGAGGAGCUUUGGAGGGAGCUUGGGGCCAAGGCCGGCCUCGAACUGGCCCCCCCGGUCGUCUUCUGAAGCGACCAGCGCCGCUCUGGCAGCGGCCAUCCAGUCAGGGCUGUUGGUGCUGCAAGCCGAGGCCGCCAGGGAGGCCGCCCUGCAAGAGGUGAAGAGCAAGGCCGAUGCCGCCAUUUUGAAGGCUCGGGAGGUCGCCCGUCGGGCAGAAGAAGAGGCUGCCUCGGCCAGGGAGGAGCUUCGGUCCGUUCAGGCUGAAACUGGCGCCCAACUGGCCUGCUUGGAGGAGGCCGGCUUCAAGCUUAUGCCGGUGCUCCCGGCCCCCAAGGGUGCCAUCCCGGAAUGGUGCGUUGAUACCUCCGGCUACCGGAAUACUGGCGAGUUCAUGGACUCGGCCAAGGAUUUCUGCGCUGGGGCCUUUGGAGACGUGUUCUCUCAUGCCCUGGAGAAGGUCCCGGCGAAGGAUCGUCUGAAAUACGGCGUGCGGCUAAUGGGAAGCUCUCCCUUAGCGCGCCAAUUCCUUUAUGAUUCUGCUGAUAGCGCCUUCGCCGGUGGCUAUAGCGAAGGGGUCAAAGCCUUUCUCCCCAUCUUUGAGAAGCUUCUGGGCCCUGACGUCAACCCGGCCGAUCAUACGGAAGAGGACCUGCUGAUUGAAGCCCUGGGGAAAAUAAAGCGGGAUAGGCGCCGAGCGGCGGCCAUAGCUAUGGGGGAUAUCCCGGAACCCCCAACCCCUGAGCCCGAGCCUCAAGUGGAAGAGCACACUCAUGCCGGGAGCCGGCCAUCGUCCCCCUAUAUGUGCUGAUUUAUAUUUUAGUCUAGCCUUCCUUCCGAUUGUAGCAUAUAGACUUGUACUUUCCAGCCGAUAGUGCUGAAGAAUAAAAAUCCAUGUUUUGCCAAAGCUCGUCUUUAUGCCGUGUUUGUACCUUAUUCUUUCAAUGUACUCACGCCGUUCGUAGCCAGAUGACGCGUAGCGUACCCGUAGUUUUUGCCGCCGGACGUCGUCAUCUCCUGGCUUAGACGCCCGUUGCCUAGCCAGGCCCCUCGCACCUUGGGCAUCCGGGCCCUUCGGUCGUAUGCUUUCGAACUAGUCCUGCCCUUGCCACCUUAGAUAGCCGAUUUACAAGACUAAUAAGGCGUCGCUAUUUGUACGAGUUGCCCUGAGGGACGGGGCAUUGUGUCCGACAAUGUUCGUCUGGUGUUGCCCUCCCAGCUUGUGGGGAUCCCAGGUUCUGUGGUCGACGUCCGUCGUCAGGCCCGAAUUCUAAGAUCCGUCAGCGGCCUCUUGGCUUCCCCAAAAGCGCGGGGCUCGAGGUGCCUUCCAGAAUUAUUACUAUGCCGGUGUUAUUUGGACACGUGCCAGCCUGCGGUUGGUGUCGAUCUGCAGCAUUUCGCUUAUAAGUGCCCAAAUACCACGAGAUCAGUCAUCGUCGAUUCAUUUAGCCCAUACGCUGCGGAAAUAUAUUCUCUCUCUAGCAACCUCUACGAGCCGGAUUUAUCCCCAGUACCCAAGCAAAAGGUACCGUUCGUUGCCAUGUCCUCCGAAAACCGCCUCGACGAUGGUUAUUCUUCUGGUGAAGACUUGGAGUAUUAUGAGCGGGGAAUGCCGCCCUGGCCUCCCCGUUAUAGCCUCAGCUUUUCGUACGUUCGGCGUCAAAUCCAACGCCUGACGAAUGCUGACAAGCGUCUGAUCAGCCAAUGGUUCUAUCCACCAAGGACCUACGACGAUCGGCGUCUGCGCAACCCCAUGCGCCAUCUGCCCGGCUACGUGGUGGUCCACUUGGAUUCGGUGAUAGCCGGGCUGAACUUUCCCUUGCAUAGCUUCCACUUGGAGCUCUUCAGGGCCCUUGAGAUAGUGCCUGCGCAGUUCGUCCCUGCCGCCUAUCGGAUAAUCGCUGGCUUCAUCAUUAGAUGCCACAGCGUCGGUGUGACCCCCACCGUGGACCUGCUGCACCAUUUCUUCCGGCUGUCCCCCUUCGGACGCACGGGAUAUCUGACCCUGAUCGCCCGUCCGUCCAUGGUCCUAUUCUCGAACAAUGCUGGGAAUCCGGAUGGUUGGGAAGAGCGCUUCUUCCUGGCCGGAUUAGGCUCACCGAUGCCAUUCUCUGACCGGUGGAAUGCUUACCCGGUGAAGACGAUCCCGCCGCCCAUGACGGACGAGGAGCUCGGAUAUGCCAAGCGCAUAGCCGGACUUGGCAUCCAGAACCUCCGGUUGCUGGUGGCCGAGCCUUUUAAAGCUCGGGCUGGGUUAGGUGCGUCCGUUUGUACUUGUAUUGUUUUAACUUCUCUCCACUGUUAUGGCUCUGAACGUCUUGGUUCCCUUUGUGCAGGAAUUUUUCCUUCCACGUCUACGAUGAGCCGGGUCAACGCUGCUUUGACUGCCGCCGGCCGUGAACACAAGGGGCAUGACAAGCCGGGGAAGCCGCUCGUCCCCAAGGUCGAACCUCGGGUGACUAGGGCACGAGAGGAUGACGCUUCGGGGGCCGGUGCCUCCAAGAGGCCACGUGCUGAGGGCACCUCCUCCAAGGCCAUCAUUGUGGCCGAUGAUUCCGAUGGGGAGCCCGGGAGUCCCCUCAAGCGGAAACCUACUUCCCGGCCCCAUCUUCGUGCUUCUCCCCCGCAGAAUUCCGACGUCCGCCGUCUCCGGGACGAUGAUGCCCAAGCUGCCAAGGGUUCUGGCGACGCUCGUCCAAGCUCGCCUCCCGAAGCCAGUGGGUCUUCUUUUGGACUGAUUGAGUUCUCCGGGGUUGGUCCCCGCAAAGAGUCAAUGAUGCUCUUCGGCCAGACAGCGUCCUCCAUCUGGUGUGGGCUGAAUCUCAAGGUUCCGCAGGACUUCGCCGCUCAGGAGGCCCCUGAAGAUCUCUUGGAGUGCGGCCAGAGCACGCUGGAUAAGGCCGGGCUCUACUUCCACAGGGCUCGGAUGGCCUUCGAGCGCCAGGGCAGGGAGAUGGCUAGAGUACGGGCUGAAUGUGAUGCCCUUCUGAGGAAUGCAAAAGGCAGGGCUGGCACCCUUCAAGAGAAAGCCGAGGCCUACGAUAAGCUCGUUCAGGAGAAUGCCUCUCAGAAGGAGCUUCUCAAGAAGCAGGAGGCCGAGCUCGUGGAUCUCCGCAGCCGGAUGUGGGCCGUAGAGCAGGCCAAGGUGGAGCUUCGCCGGACGGGCAUGGACAACCAUGUCCCUAUUUAUGAGGCCGAUGUUCCCAAAAUCAAGGAGUCUGGUUCCAUUGCAUUCCAGAAAUCCAAAGCUUACACUGGUGCCAUUCACACCAUGGCCAUGAAGUUUCUCCCGAGGCUCGUCGGAGAAUUUCUAGCCACCUGCCCGGAUGCCUAUCUGGAUGGGGUCAAAUUGCUCCAGGCCACCCCCACCGGACGGCGUUUCCUUGAUGAUCUUGCCGAUGAUACUUAUCGCAAGGGCAUGGUUGGGCUCGUAGCGGAGAAUCUCCCCACGUUCGAGCGUCAUUUCGGGGCUCCUUUCGAUCCGGAGGCGGCUGGCUUUGAUGUUCUGAUGGCGGACGCUCAUGCGGGGGCCCUCGAGCUGCUGAAGGAGCAGGCGGAAGCCAGAGCUAGUGAAGAAUGCAAGCAGGCUCUUUCCAAAGUUCCAGCUCCGGACGUCGAUCGAAAGUGAUUCUCUGUUCAUGACCUUGUACUUGUACAAUUUUUCCCAUUAUUUUCAUUGUCUUGUAAUUUCCCGGCCAAUAGUGCCGAAGAAUAAAAAAGAAUCAUUCUUUGCUCCUUGCUCUUCAGGCAUUUUUUUUUUUUUUUUUUUUUUUUUUUGGAGUCUUUUAGUCUUCGUUCGUCCUUGGUCCCUGGUCCCACCGGCGUCCCUACUUCGAGGAGACGUCCGGUGUCCGCCGACAUCGCAAGGAGGAACAGGUUUAUCUACAUCGAGAUUCCCUGGUGCUUCGUUCGUCCGUGGUCCUUUUGGCCUUACCGACGUUUCUUGCUUCGAAGAGGACGUUCGGUACCCAAGGACUCGCAGGGACGAACAGGUCUACCCUCACGGGUCCCCGACUUUGUUACCCCACGUCCAUCGAUCCAUGGUCGUUUGUGGGAUAAACAGGUUUAUCUUGGCAGGCUCCCUUGGUUCGUCUAGCCCCCUCCGCGUCUCUACUAACCUCUACACCGAGAGGCGUUCGUCUUCGGCGGUUGGAGAAGAUCUGGCACACCCGGGCAAGAUUCCCUUCUACAUAGGAGCUCCUCCCCUCUUCUCCCCAUUUUUUUUUUUUUUUUUUGGUGGAGGCAAUCCAUACUCUUCGUUCGUCCUUGGUCCCUGGUCCCACCGGCGUCCCUACUUCGAGGAGACGUCCGGUGUCCGCCGACAUCACAAGGAGGAACAGGUUUAUCUACAUCGAGAUUCCCUGGUGCUUCGUUCGUCCUUGGUCCCUGGUCCCACCGGCGUCCCUACUUCGAGGAGACGUCCGGUGUCCGCCGACAUCACAAGGAGGAACAGGUUUAUCUACAUCGAGAUUCCCUUCUUUAACGGUCGUUGGCAAGAACGGAAUUGAUGAAAACAGGGGCCUUAUUAUUGACGACGUCCGGCCAUUUUACAUGUAGUGGGAAUAAUACAAGGACAACAGCCCCUAACUAUUGAUAGAAUUUCUUCAAGUGUUCUACAUUCCACAUCCCGGCGCGGUUCCCCUCCAGGGUGUGGAGGAGGAACGUCCCCUGGUUAUAUCUUCUGAUGACCCGGUAAGGUCCUUCCCAGCUCUUCGCCAUUUUGCCGCCUUCGAGCGGCUUGCUCUUCUCUCUUUUCCUGAGUACGAGGUCCCCGGCCUCUAUUUCGCGGAAUUUCACGGCCUUGUUGAAGUAUCUCUGGGUGGCCCUGUGAUACUCUUCCAUGCGACGAGCCGCUAAGUCCCUCCGUUCCUCGACGAAAUGGAGCUCUGCUCGUAGGUUGAUCUCGUUGUCCUCCGGCUGGAAGUGCUUGGUGCGAUGGGUAGGUACCAGUACCUCCGUUGGUACCUUAGCUUGGAACCCGUAAGCCAAGGCAAAAGGGGUUUCCCCAGUCGCCGUCCUGGGCGUCGUCCUGUACGUCCAUAAAACAUAAUUCAGCUGCUCCGGCCAGGUGGAGGUGUAGUCUUCCAACUUCUUCUUGAUCCCGUCCAUGAUGGUCCGGUUCAUGUUCUCCACUUGGCCGUUGGCUUGCGGGUAGGCCACCGAGGCCUUAGAGUGCCUGAUGCCCCACUUCGCCAAGUAUGCCUCAAAGCCUCUGCCGACGAACUGCCGACCGUUGUCUGUGAUGAUCUGCUCCGGGAUUCCGAAGCGGCAAAUGAUGUUCUGCCAUACGAACUUCUGGCACUGGAAUUCAGUGAUGGAGGCCAAUGGUUCGGCCUCGACCCACUUCGUGAAAUAAUCAACCGCCACAAUGACGAACUUCCUUCCACCAGCAGCCGUUGGCAGAGGACCCAGCAGGUCUACGCCCCACCUAGCAAAUGGUAGCGCGAUGGUCAUCGGGGUGUAGAAACUCGCCGGUCGGCCAGGGACAGGUGCAUACUGCUGGCAUACUGCGCACUUCCGCGUGUGGUUGAAGCAAUCUUGCUGUAUGGUCGGCCAGUAAUAGCCCUGCAGGAUGAUUUUUCUGGCCAAGGUUCGGGGGCCCUGGUGGCUUUGAAACCUUCGGGGGAAGUGAUCACUGCUCCUCCGCCGCAGCCCCGCGCACUCGAGGCCCCAUCGGUGUACAUCUCCCACCAAUCGUCAAAACCAUUGUUGUCAUGGGUUCCGUCCUCGGUGCGCACGGUGCAUUCCGCAAUGAAGUCCGCCAGAGCCUGCCCUUUGAUCGUCGGCCUCGGCUUGAAGUCCACGUCAUACUGGCCGAUCAUCAAGGACCACUUCGUUAUCCUUCCGCUUGCCAUUGGGUUCCUGAGGACUGUGGCGAGGGGCUGCGUCGUGUAGAUAGUCACCGGGUGUGCUUGGAAAUACGGUGCCAGGCGCUUGAUGGAUGCAAUCAAGGCGAGGAUCGUCUUUUCCAUCAGUGUGUACCUCGUCUCGGGACCGUUCAGCGCCUUACUUACAAAGUAUAUUGGCCGCUGAACGCCUUCAGAUUCCUUCAGCAGCGCGGCACUUACGGCCAGAUCGGCUACUGCCAAGUACAUGUAUAAUCUCUCCCCGGGGUCUGCCUUGGUGAGGACGAGCGGAGAGGAGAGAUAUACCUUGAAAUCCUCGAAAGCAGUUUGGCACUCCGGGGUCCAUUGAAAGGGAUUGGCCUUCUUCAUGAUCUGAAAAAAGGGGAUCGCCUUAUCAGCCAACUUGGAUAAGAAUCUGCUCAGGGCCGCCAGACGCCCGGUGAGCCGCUGCACGUCUUUUAGGUUCUUUGGGGCCUCCAUGUCCAUAAUCGCCUUCACCUUCUCCGGGUUAGGCUCGAUCCCCCGCUCGCUCAUCAUGUAGCCGAGGAACUUGCCGCCCCUGACGGCGAAGGCGCACUUCUUCGGAUUGAGCCUCAUGCUGGCCUUCUCCAUGAUGCUGAAGACCCUCUCCAUGUCCUGGACGUGGUCCUCCUUUUUCUUGCUUUUGAUCAGGAUGUCAUCCACGUAAGCUUCCAUUGUCUUUCCAAGUACGUCCUUGAACAACAUCCCAAUCAUCCUCUGAAAAGUAGCCAUGGCGUUCCUCAGGUCGAAAGGCAUGACGAUGUAGCAGUACACGCCGUCCGCCGUAACGAACGCCGUUUUUUUCGGCAUCAUCGGGGUGCAUGAACACCUGAUGGUAGCCCCUGAAUGCGUCCAUGAAGCUGAGCAGCUCGCAGCCUGCUGUCUCAUCCACCAGCAGGUCGAUCCUCGGGACAGGGUAAGGGUCCAUCGGACAAGCUUUGUUGAGGUCCGAGUAAUCGACGCACAUCCGCCAAGUGUCGCCCUUCGGGGCUAGAACCACGUUGGCCAACCACUCCACGUGGAUGACUGGCCGGAUAUGUUUGAUGCUGAGGAGAGUUGCUGUUUCCUUCCUGAUGAAAUCGCGUCGGUCGGCCGCCAUAUAUCUCUUCUUCUGUUGUAUAGGCUUGGCAUCCGGCCGCACGGCGAGUUUAUGGCAUAUGAGGUUGGGGUCGAUGCCCGGCAUGUCCUCCGGCCCUCUGGCGAACAAGAUCCUGAACCUCCGGAGGAUGGCUAUGACCCCUGCCCUGAUUUCCGGCUCUAGAUCCGCACCAAUGGACACCUUCCUGUCCGUCGGACUGUCGAGUUCAAUUUCCUCUAGCAGAGUUGCUGGUUCCAGAUGAGCGUCCAAGUCGGCCUGUUUGGCCUUUUCGGAGAUGCUGUUGACCCGAGCCUCCCGCUCGUUGAGCUUCUCCAUGGCCUUCGUGUAGCAGGCCCUGGCCAUAUGUGGGUCCGUACGUGCCACCCCCACUCCAGUGUCGGUGGGGAAUUUGAUGCAUGAAUGUCGUACGGAGCAUAUGGCCCCCAAGUCUUCCAAGCCGGGUCGGCCCAAAAUGGCGUUGUGGGCGCACUUCAGGCGGACCACGACGAACGUCAUUCUGAUCCGGGCGGUGUGGGGGCCAUCGCCGAUCUCCACUGGCAAGAUGAUGGUGCCCUCAGCGUCAAUGCAAUCCCCGGUGAAGCCGGACAGCGGGGUGCGCAGAGGGUGCAGCAUGUCCUUCCUGAGCUUCAUUCCCUCGAAAGCCUCCCAGUAGAGGACGUUCACACUGCUCCCGGUAUCAACGAGGACGCGACGGACGAUAGCAUCGUUCACGUCCAUGCUGAUCACCAGCUCGUCUCUGUGCGGCGCCGGUGACAUUGGCAGGUCAGCGGGGCCGAAGGUAAUUGCCUCGACUCUAUUGCGCUUGGUGGGGGGUGCUGAUACGGAACCCACAUAGAGUGACCUCUCAAAUUUUUUCCGCUCGGCGGGUGUAUCCCCUGUCUCAGCGCCCCCGAAGAUCACCUUGAUCUCCAAUUUCUUCUUCUUGCCCUUCGGGCCGAGGGAUCCCUCCGGACGUUUAUCUGCACUUCGAUAAUCCACGUCCUGAGGUUCUGCCUCGCGCCGAUCAUCGCGGCGCCAUGUCUUGUGCCUUGAGUUCGGCUUCUGCUGGCUGUUUUUGUUCAGCAGCUGGGUGAACUCGCCCAGGUACCCCUGACGGAUCAGCUCGUCGAUCGCUUUCUUUAAUUGGCUGCAAUUAUCCGUCAGGUGGCCGGUCCUCUGAUGGUAUUCACAGUAGGCCGAUUGGUCGUGCCCCAUAUGCUUACUCAUAUCCUGGGGUUCCGUUAGUAGGCCCUUGUCCUUGAUGGCCUCAAAGAUUUGGCUCACUGGAUAGGCCAAUGGGACAUAUCGGUCGUCCGGCCGUGCUUGAGUAUCCCCGGACGGAGCCUUCCAAGGGACCAUCGCCCCGUCCGUCCUCUUCUUUUUGUUUGGGGGGGAGGGCCCGGGUCCCGGCCCGGGCCCGAGUCUGUCCGCCAUCUUCCGUGGGUGGGCCGCGGGAACUCCGUCCCGCUGCCUGAUCUCCUCCUCAAUGGAGGCAUACUUCUGGGCCCGAGCAAGAACCUCGGUGUAGCUGGUGCCGGGAUUCCUCCUUAGGUCCCGGUAUAGAUCCCCUGUGGCCAGCGCACUGGUGAACAUGUUGGUGGCCAGACGUUCGUCCAGAUCGUCGACCUGCAGGACCUCGUCCCUCCACCUUACCAGGAACCUAGCCAGCGGUUCGUCCCGCCCUUGUUUGAUGUGGGCGAGAGCCGUGACGUCCUUCCUGGGGGUGGUGCUGGCAGCAAACUGCGCCAUGAACUGCUGGGAGAGCUGUUCGUAUGAGUCGAUGGUGCCUGGCCUCAACUGGCCGAACCAUUCUUGCGCCGGCCCCCUGAGGGUGCUGAAGAACAAUCUGCAGAUGGCCUCGUCUGAUGCUCCCAGCAUGGACAGGUUCCCUUGGUAGCUUAUCAGAUGGGCCUUGGGAUCGCCAGCCCCAUUGUACACCAAGUUGCCCGGGGGCCUGCAGUCUCGGGGAAUCUCGACGCUCAUCACCCGUGGAGUAAAGGGAGAUGUGAGAGAGAAAGAGGGUGUGGCCGAGCCAACGUCCGCCCGCCUAUUCAUCUCGACUAUCUGCCUCUCCAUGGCCUCCAACCUUGCAUCCUGCGCGGCCCUUCCGGGGGACACAGGGGGCGCGGCUUCGGGGACGGCAUUCUGCUGAGCGGCCACAGCAUCGAGCGGCCGCCUAAAGAUCUGCGCACCUCGCCGUUGGAAACGUCGUCCAACGGUGUUGAUCCUCGGGGUCUCGUCUCCCCGCGGGAUUUGGCGGGGGACUGAUGGUGUGUGAGCCCUGGAUGCAGCGAUGCUGACUCUGGUUCGCCCUCCCGUUCCACGGGAGCCUGAACCCCCACCUAGCCGCUCGUGGACUGAGGGCCGGUGGUCGCUGGAUCCUGUCGUAUCGUCAUACGACUGCAUGCGGCGUAUGGGAGAGAGGGGCGUUCGCUGGGUACUUGCAGAGUACACCUGGUCUCGGGCCUCCCGCUCGUCUGCCAAGCGACGCAUGGUGUCUGCGAGUUCCCGCAUGAGGCGAGGAUCCUGCCUGGCCUCCAGAGGAAUGAGGUCAGUGAUACCCCCGUUUCCCCCGGAGGUCCAUAUUGUUGCGGAUAGUUCCGAGUUCUGGCCGCGAUUCCGGCGGCUUGAUUCCAGACGCUCGGAGAGAUCACGCUGGUUGUUGCUUCCUGACAUCGUGUUUGCUGUAGGUAGACUUAGUAGCUGUUUGGGAGAGUUUCUGGAAACCUUUUGCUCAGUUUCCCACAGACGGCGCCAGUGUUGAGGUUUAUUCCUUCAACCCUUGGACCCAACACGUAAGCCCAAAGAUUUCGAAUGGAGUGAGUGUGUGGAUAUCUAGCCCAACAAUUGUCAGAUGGAUCAGGAAAACAAAAGUAGUAGCAGGCAAUGUAAAUAGGUAUUAUUAACUUCGUAAUAACUCCCCUAAAUACAAUCUACUUGCUAAUAAGGCACGUCGGCCGUUCGUCUUACAAGGCACUUAGAAAGGCUGCAAGUAAGAAUGCUGAAGCUAAUAUGCUAAGAAUAGAAAGUUGCCAACCCUUUACAAUGAAAUAAAUGCUACUAUUUAUACCCGCCAAUGGGCAGUUAGUCCUGAUGAUGUGGAGGAUUGUUAGUGGCUAUGGCCCAACCACCAAAUCUCCAGCAUUAAAUGCGCUUCCCGCCAGAAUCUGAGUUCCCCGCCUAAUUGAUGACCACGAUCGUCGGGUAGAACCGGGGGCCGUUCGUCUGCGGCCCUUCCUGGGAACGUAACAAUCUUUUGGGCCUGGGCCAUCUACGGAGAUGGGCCUCGGCUGACGACGUUCGUCACGGAUGUGCUAACCGACCCUCGGCCGGGACCUUGAGCUGUUAUUCCGGAGAUAGACAUUCGUCCUCAUUCCUUCAGGCCAGGGCCAUCCGUGGGCUGGGCGACGUACGUCGGUUUGGGGGUAAUUGGGCCGGACCCCUGCUCGGGGCCAUUUACCCAACAGACAGGAAUGAUGGUGUUGAGCCGAUGCUGACAUAGACGACGACUCAUUGGCCAAUCAUGAAUCCGAAGCAGUGGUCAUCAUCGUCAUCCCGCCAAGGUCGGAUCAAGAGAGCUGUGCUUGGAUGGCUCCCUGAUGUUGGUCAAGAAAGCGAUGCAGGGCAAGAGAGUGAUGUUAGAUCCUUCCCAGUGACUUCAGAGUUUUGCAAGCUUUAGGCUCAAGGCCCAACCUUCGGAGUACGUCCCAACGUCGAUGAUGUAGUAGAUGAGGUAAUUUUCAGAGCUUGUCACUUCUUAGGUCGAGGAUCGGCGUCCGGAGUAUGUCCACGCUUAGUUGCGCAGUCAAUGUUAGAGAGAAACGCAUGGCUUCUCUGUCCAGUGUUGCAGGAAAUGGCGCAGCUUCCCCGCCUCGUGAAGAUAGACUUGCCAGGAAGAGAAAGGGUACAGUCGGUUGGGAGAAUCACACAGCUUCCCUUCCUGAUGCCGGGGAGAGGCAUGCAGCUUUCCUGCUUCACAAAGUACCACCUUGUUCGUUUCUUUGCAGAUGUGCCAGGGAGUGAUGGAUCCGGCCGCAUUGCUCCGCGCUAUGAAAGAUCAGCAUACGGAGCUCCAGCGUUAGGCUGAUUAAGCCCAUCUUCACGCUACCCAGGCUCGGCAGCAUGCAGAUGGAGCGGAGGCAGCCUUGAAGAUACUUAUCGCAUGCAAUGAAGAGGAUAAGAGAGCCCUGAUCAAUCUCCAAUCAAAGUGUGACCAGCUGAAGUCGAGUAUAACCAAGUAAAGGCGUCAUUUGCGGAUGCAGCGCAACAAGCAAUUGCGGUGCUCAAAGCUUCUAAGGAGUUCUCCGAGCUUCCUGCUUCCCGGACUAAAGAUGUGGGGCACCAAGCAUCCCAGGAAUUCAAGAAGCCCGUUUCUCCCCAGACGUAUGCUCUCCGUGCAGAGCAAGUUCAUGAUUGGCUUCAGACCGAGGAGGGUUGCAAUUGGCACAAAAAGAUGUCUUGUUCUCUUGUAGUUGUGGCCGGCAUGAUACACAGACUAGCCGUGAUAAGGCGGAGAAGAUGGGCAAUGUUGAUGUCGAACUUGUUCUCUGUGAUUGAUUUAUCACUUGAGCUUGGAAAUAAUGCAUGCAAUGUGGAAGCCAAAGAAGUUCAAACACAUAUACUUCUAUGCCACACUAUAUGUCUUCACACUCACCAUUCCCUCAGCCACCUCUGUCUAUUGGGCAUUCGGCGACCAGCUCCUCGACCACGCUAACGCAUUUUCCCUCCUCCCUAAAUCUGGAUGGCGCGACGCUGCCGUUAUCCUAAUGCUCAUUCACCAGUUCAUAACAUACGGGUUCGCAUCAAUGCCAUUGUACUUCGUUUGGGAGAAGACGAUUGGGAUGCACGGGACAGGAAGUAUUUUCUUAAGGGCGGUAGCAAGGUUGCCUGUGGUGAUACCAAUAUGGUUUUUGGCUAUUAUUUUCCCCUUCUUCGGCCCAAUCAACUCCGCGGUUGGCGCCCUUCUUGUUAGUUUCACGGUCUACAUCAUCCCCUCUCUGGCUCAUAUGCUCACAUUUCAUACCUCCUCUGCUCGACAGAAUGCUGCAGAAAAGCCUCCAUUCUUUCUGCCUAGCUGGACGGCCAUGUACGCAGUGAACAUCUUUGUUGUGGGCUGGGUUUUGAUUGUUGGGUUUGGGUUCGGAGGGUGGGCUAGCAUCUCCAAUUUUAUCAAACAGGUAGACACCUUUGGGCUUUUCGCCAAGUGCUACCAAUGCAAGCCCUUAAAACCGGUGGCACUUCACUCACCGCCGCACCCCAGUCCUAAUGCCACCAUCAUCCACUGAGAUACCUCGGACUCCAUAUCUCUCACCAUAGUAUAUUUUUAGUCUGUAUACGUGAAUAAUAAUAUACAUAGUAGUUAAUAGUGUUAUAUACCCUACAGUCCUUUUUAUAUACCUCUAAUCUAUUACACAGAGUAGUAUUUGUUCAAUGAUAAUAUCAACAUUUUAUUGAGAUAAAAUCAAACUCGUUACCUCCUUUUGAGAGUAUCACACUAAUAUCAUCAAACCACAAGGUAUUUGACAUAUAUUGUACAGUUCUACACUUGUUAUGUGCUUAAUUCUAGCUCUACCAAAAC